AUGCAUGCUUCAGCGAUAUUGAUCCACAGCCUCAAAGGCCACACCUUUGAGGUUGGUCGACUAUUGUUUUCUCCCGAUAGGAAAAUACUAGCAGCCACUGACGACUCGUUCAUCACACUCUGGGAUGUUGAGACUGGUACUCUUCGAAGCACAUCCGAAGAAGUUGACGACAUUAUUUUCGAUAUAGUCUUUUCGCCUGACAACAAAUGGAUAGCAGCAGCAUCUGGAGAUGGAUAUGGUCGAGUCUGGAACAUUGAAACUGGUGACUUGGUGCACACCUUAGAGGUCGAGGACGAACGAAUGCUGUCAGUGGCGUUUUCUGCAGACAGUAAAUCAAUCGCUACUGGUUCUGAGAUCAUGAGAGUCUGGGAUGUGGCUACUGGGAAACUGCUGCAUACACUAUCGAGGAGUGAGUACCCACCAGAAAUCGGCUCCGUCGACUUCUCUCCAGACGGCAAGUUUUUAUUGUCUGGGUGUGGAAACACAUCCACGGUGUCCAUCUGGAAUACAGAGUCGUGGAAGCUGGAACACACCAUUAGAGGAUACUACUCAGCAUGUUUUUCGCCGGAUGGUAUGCAUCUAGCAGUUCCGACCGACGAGCAUGAAAUCAUUCAUCUAUACGACACACGCACCUGGCAGCUUCAGAGCACUUUAAAAACUCCUGAACAGGAAACCUUCGCAAGCAGAUUCUCUCCGGAUAGCAAAACCAUUGCGACAUACUCACGCCAUCAAAUAAAACUAUGGUGCGUAGAGAAUGGCAAGGUCAUCAGGACUUUUCAGGAUCCCACACGAAAGCUUUCAUCUCCCACCUUUUCUCCUGAUGGCAAAGUCCUGAUUGCAGGUGCAAGAAAGUGUGGUCUCAGAGUCUGGGAGGUCGAGAGUGGAGACUGUCUGUUGAUGUUCGAGCCUGAAGAUGGAGAUAGACGGCGUUGGAACCCCAGUGGGGGCAGAGCUGGCCCACCAGCUUUUGAGAUUCUCUUCGGUGAUGGAAAGGCGAAAGUUGCAGUCGCGUUUCCUGAUGGUAGUAUUAGACUUUGGGACGUGAGAUGGGAGUCUGAGUCAACCUGA